CUGCUCCAGAGGUUGUUGGACGACCGGAGACCGACGGUGGAGAUGAUCCGAGCUGAGGGCGAGAGGAUCGCUGCCACGGCCGACACUCAGGACCGAGAGAAGAUCCAGACUCAGCUGCACGAGCUGGCAGAGAGAUGGACCGAGCUGCUGGACAAGGCCAGCGCCAGGCAGCGGCAGUUGGAGGAGCUGCAGGUUCUGGCUCUUCACUUCCACGAGGCCCUGGAGCCGCUGGGGGAAUGGCUGAGCGCCACCGAGAGACGCCUGAGCUCCGCCGAGCCCAUGGGAACCCAGACGGCCAAGAUCUCCCAGCAGAUCACCAAGCACAAGGCGAUCCAAGAGGAUGUGUCCCUGAGAGAAGCCGAGGUCGACCACCUCGAGUCCCUCAGCCAAUCGCUGACCCCGCUCAGCUGCGCGGCCGACCGCGAUUGGUUGAACGAGCGCGUGGGCGCGGUGAGGUCGGGUCACUCGGAGCUCACGGAUUGGUCCUCGCGGCGCGCCGGCCUAUUGGAGCAGGCGCUGGCCAACGCUCAGCUGUUCGGGGAGGACGAGGUAGAGGUGCUGAACUGGCUGGCUGAGGUUGCUCAGAGGCUCGGUCAGGUCUCCGUCCAGAACUACCAACCUCAGCUGCUGGCCGAGCAGCACAAACACACUCUGUCGCUGAAUGAAGAGAUCGUGAGCAGGAAGAAGACGGUGGACCAGGCCGUCAAGAACGGACAGGCUCUGCUCAAGCAGACCACAGGUGAGGAGGUUCUCCUGAUCCAGGAGAAGCUGGACGGCAUCAAGUCUCGCUACGCUGAGAUGACGGCCGGCAGCAGCAAGGCCCUCCGCACCCUGGAGCAGGCCCUGCAGCUCGCCACGCGAUUCGCCAGCGCCCACGAAGACAUCAGCCAGUGGCUGGACGGCGUGGAGGCGGAGCUUAACAACGUGGAGCCCGACGCCUCACCGGCCUAUCAGGAGAGGCAGAAGGAGCUGAAGAAGGUGUCGGCAGAGAAGCGCCUGGUGCUGGACACGGUGAACGAGGUGGGCGGCGCCCUGCUGGACCUGGUGCCGUGGCGAGCCAGAGAAGGUCUGGACCGACUGGUGGCUGAUGGGAACCAGAGGUACCGCCAGGCGGAUGAAACCAUCACUCAGAGGGUGAAGCUGGUGCAAGCUGCCAUCCAGAGGUCCCAGCAGUACGAAGAGGCCGUGGAUGCAGAGCGGGCCUGGGUCGGGGAGACCGAGCGCAAGCUGGGUUCUCUGGGGCCCCUGAGCCUGGAGCCUGACGUGACCGUGGCUCAGCUGCAGGUGCAGAGGGCCUUCAACAUCGACAUCAUCCGGCACAAAGACACCGUGGAUCAGCUCCUCAGCACCCGGGAGGAGAUCCUGGAGACCUGCAGUGAGGCUCAGAAGGAGGCGCUCAUGGUGAAGACCGAUUCUCUGAGUGCUCGUUACGAAGCCGUGAGCCACAACCACGGAGAGCGCUUCUCGGCUCUGGAGCAGGCUCAGGUUCUGGUGGCUCGGUUCUGGGAAACGUACGAGGAACUGGAACCGUGGCUGGGCGAGACCGAGACCCUCAUCAGCCAGCUGCCCCCCCCAGCCAUCGACUCGGACGCCCUGCGGCUGCAACAGGACCAGAUGAGACUCCUCAGGGAGUCGAUCGCUGAGCACAAGCCUCACAUCGACAAGCUGCUGAAGAUCGGACCCCGGCUGGCGGAGCUCAGCCUCCAGGAGGGGGCGACGCUGACCCAGCGCUACACCAGGUCCGAGAGGCGAUACCUGGCCAUCAAGGAGGAGGUGAAGGGUCGAGCCACAGCGCUGGACGAGGCCGUGUCCCAGUCUGCACAGCUGGUAGAGUUUCACGACAAGAUGGACCCCCUGCUGGAGACCCUGGAGGGCGCGGUGCAGCGGCUGAGGUCUCCGCCCCCGGUGGCGGCCGAGGUGGACAAGAUCCGGGAGCAGCUGGCGGAGCACCGCGCUCAGGGCCUGGAGCUGGACAAGCUGCUGCCGAGCUUCUCUGCCCUCUGCGCCCGGGGGGAGGAGCUCAUUGGACGAGCCGCCCGGGACGAUCCUGCUGCUCAGGCCGUUCGCUCCCGCCUCCUGCGCCUGCGCUCGCUGUGGGACGAGAUCCGGCAGCGGGCCGAGGAGAGGGAGGGGAAGCUGAACGACGUCCUGGACGUGGCCGGGAAGUUCUGGUCCGACGUGGCGGCGCUGCUCAGCACGCUGCGAGACUCCCAGGACAUCGUGAGGGAGCUGGAGGACCCGGGGGUGGACCCCUCGCUCAUCAAGCAGCAGGUCGAGGCUGCUGAGGCCAUCAAGGCAGAGACGGACGGCCUGAGGGAGGAGCUGGAGUUCGUCAGGACCCUCGGGGCUGACCUCAUCUUCGCCUGUGGAGAAACCGAGAAACCUGAAGUCAAGAAAACCAUCGAUGAGAUGAAUGCUGCCUGGGAAGGUCUGGACCGGACCUGGAGGGAGAGGAUGGAGCGACUGGACGAGGCCAUGACGGCGUCGGUGCAGUAUCAGGACGCUCUGCAGUCCAUGUUUGACUACCUGGACAACGCGGUGAUCAAGCUGUGCGACAUGUCGACUGUGGGAACUGAGCAGGGAACCGUGAAGCAGCAGAUUGAAGAGCUCAAGAUUUACAAGGUGGAGGUUUACCAGCAGCAGAUCGACAUGGAGAAGUUGUGCCACCAGGGGGAGCUGAUGCUGAAGAAAGUGUCCGACCAGACCGACAGGGACAUGAUCCAGGAGCCGCUCACCGAGCUGCGCCACCUGUGGGAGAACCUGGGUGAUAAGAUCAACCAGAGACAGCACAAGCUGGAGGCUGCCCUGCUGGCUCUGGGUCAGUUCCAGCACGCCCUGUCUGAGCUGCAGGGCUGGCUGAGCCACACACACACCACCCUGGACUCUCAGCGACCAGUCAGCUCUGACCCCAAGGCCAUCGAAAUCGAGCUGGCCAAACACCACGUUUUGCGUAAUGACGUCCUGUCCCACCACGCCACGGUGGAGACGGUGACCGGAGCUGCCGCCGAGCUGCUGGAGUCCUCGCCCGGCGAUGAAGCCAGUCACCUGCGGGAUCAGCUGGAGCAGCUCAACCAGAGCUGGGAGAACCUGCUGCUCAGGACGCAGGAGCGGCAGAAACUACUGGAGGCCGCUCUGCACCAGGCUGAAGGCUUCCACGGGGAGCUGGAGGAGUUCCUCCAGUGGCUGAGGAGGACGGAGAGCCAGCUGUCCGCCGCCAAGCCGACCGGCGGCCUCCCCGAGACGGCCCGGGAGCAGCUCCAGCAGCACAUGGAGCUUCAGGCUCAGCUGGCUCCGCGAGGGGACCAGUACCAUCGCCUGCUGGACCAGGGAGAGUCCAUGCUGCUGGCCCGGGGGGGGGAGGAAGCAGCGCUCGGUGCCACGCAGACCCAGCAGAACCUGGGCAUGCUGCAGAACAAGUGGGCCAGCUUGAACACCAAGAUGGAGGACCGCAAGGCCAAACUGGAGGAGGCUGUUUCUUUGGCCACUGGCUUCCAGACGUCUUUGCAGGACACCAUCAUCUGGCUGACCCAGGCCGAGCAGACCCUGAACAUGGCCCAGCCCCCGAGCCUCAUCCUGGACACGGUGCUCUUCCAGAUCGACGAGCACAAGGUGUUUGUGAACGAGGUGAACACCCACCGGGAGCAGGUCCUGGCUCUGGAGAAGGCCGGCUCUCAGCUUCGCUUCGCCAGCCUGAAGCAGGAUGUGGUGCUCAUCAAAAACCUGCUGCUCAGCGUCCAGGCCCGCUGGGACAAGCUGGUGCAGAGGUCACUGGACCGCGGCCGGCACCUGGACGAGGCCCGCAAGAGAGCCAAACAGUUCCAUGAGGCGUGGAGGAAGCUGACCGACUGGCUGGAGGAAGCCGAGAAGAGACUGGACUCGGAGCUGGAGAUCUCCAACGAGCCGGACAAGAUCAAGAUACAACUGACCAAACACAAGGAGUUCCAGAAAGCUCUGGGCUCCAAGCAGCCGGUGUACGACACCACAGUGAGGUCGGGGAGGGCCAUGAGGGACAAGGCCCAGCUGCCGGCGGACACCCAGAGACUGGAUCACCUGGUGGGAGAAGUCCGGGACAAGUGGGACACGGUCUGUGGGAAGAGCGUGGAGAGACAACACAAGCUGGAGGAGGCGCUGCUGUUCUCAGGUCAGUUCGCGGAGGCUCUCCAGGCUCUGGUGGACUGGUUGUACCGAGUGGAACCUCAGCUGGCUGAAGACCAGCCCGUCCACGGAGACCUGGAUCUGGUGUCCAACCUCAUGGACUCACAUAAGAGUUUCCAGAAGGAGCUGGGUAAGAGGACCGGCAGCAUCCAGGCCCUGAGGCGCUCGGCCCGGGAUCUGAUGGAGACGGGUCGCGACGACACGGCCUGGGUCAAAGUUCAGCUGCAGGAGCUGAGCAACCGCUGGGACACGGUGUGCGCCCUGUCCGUCACCAAGCAGACCCGCCUCCAGCAGGGACUCAAACAGGCGGAGGAGUUCCGGACGGCGGUGCAGGUUCUCCUGGAGUGGCUCUCGGAGGCGGAGCAGACGCUGCGGUUCCGCGGCGUCCUCCCGGAGGAGGCGGAGACUCUGCAGGCGCUGCUCCACACACAUCGAGACUUCAUGGGCACCGUGGAGGAGAGGAGGGGGGGCGUCAACAAGGCCGCCGGCAUGGGAGAGUCCAUCCUGACCCUGUGUCACCCGGACUCCAUCACCACCAUCAAACACUGGAUCACCAUCAUCAGGGCGCGUUUCGAGGAGGUGCUGACGUGGGCCAAGCAGCACGAGCAGCGGCUGGAGACGGCUCUGACCGAAGUGCUGAGCAACGCCAACCUGCUGGAGGAGCUGCUGUCCUGGCUGCAGUGGGCCGAGACCACGCUGGUCCAGAGGGACGCCGACUCGCUGCCUCAGGACAUCACACAGCUCAAAUCCCUCAUCACAGAGCACCAGACCUUCAUGGAGGAGAUGACGAUGAAGCAGCCGGACGUGGACAAAGUGACGAAGACGUACAAGAGGAAGCCAGCGGAGCCUCACAGCAGCCUGUCGGAGAGGAGAGGGGCUCGCAAACAGCAGCAGCAGCAGCAGCAGCAGGCGGCCAUGCAGGUUCCAGGAGGAAACCCCCGACUCAACCAGCUCUGUGCCCGGUGGCAGCAGGUGUGGCUGCUCGCUCUGGACCGCCAGCGGAAACUCAACGACGCUCUGGAUCGACUGGAGGAGCUCAAGGAGUUUGCCAACUUCGACUUUGACGUGUGGAGGAAGAAGUACAUGCGCUGGAUGAACCACAAGAAGUCCCGCGUCAUGGAUUUCUUCAGACGCAUCGACAAGGACCAGGACGGGAAGAUCACGCGUCAGGAGUUCAUCGACGGGAUCCUGGCCUCCAAGUUUCCCACCAGCAGACUGGAGAUGACCGCGGUGGCCGACAUCUUUGAUCGAGACGGAGACGGUUACAUCGACUACUACGAGUUCGUCGCGGCUCUUCAUCCGAACAAGGACGCGUACCGACCGACCACCGACGCCGACAAGAUCGAGGACGAGGUGACUCGUCAGGUGGCUCAGUGUAAAUGUGCCAAGAGGUUCCAGGUGGAGCAGAUCGGAGAAAACAAGUACCGGUUUGGCGACUCUCAGCAGCUGCGUCUGGUCAGGAUCCUGCGCAGCACGGUGAUGGUGAGAGUCGGCGGCGGCUGGAUGGCUCUGGACGAGUUCCUGGUUAAAAAUGAUCCAUGCAGAGCUCGUGGGCGAACCAACCUGGAGCUGAGGGAGAAGUUCAUCCUUCCUGAGGGAGCGUCCCAGGGCCUCGCCGCCUUCCGCUCCCGGGGCCGGCGCUCGAAGCCGGGCUCCAGAAACGCCUCCCCCACCCGCUCCUCCUCCUCCGCCUCCCACAGCGGCGCCUCCCUCCCCUCGGCCCCCUCCACCCCCGCCACGCCCACGGCCUCCGCCUCGUCCAGGGGGGCGGCGUCGGGGUCCAAGCUGAAGCGGCCGACCUUCCACUCGAGCCGCGGGUCGUUGACCGGAGAGAACGGAGGAACGACACCAGGAGGCAAACCAGGACGAACCGACCCGAAGCGAGGCGCCAGUGGUCCGACCAGCCGAGCCGGCAGCCGGGCCGGCAGCAGAGCCAGCAGCCGGCGUGGCAGCGACGCCUCGGACGCCUCCGAGCUGCAGGACGCCCGCUCCGUCGGCUCGGACGCCUCCGACACCCCGAGGCGACCGGGCAGCGGCGCCAAACCCUCCAAGAUCCCCACCAUCUCCAAGAAGACGCCCAGCCCGAAGACCCUGGGCUCUGCAAAGAAAUAA